UAUUGUUGUCCAAUAUAUUUCAUCAAGAAUUAAGAUUAUAACUAAGGCCAACAUAGAUUCUAGCGUGCCACACAAGAGCUACUUCUUGUCCACAUAUAUGCAAAGCUAUUGUACUGUAGCAAUUAAACAUCAGUAACGUUGUGUGUAUAACUUUUAAGGGUGUCUAGCACAAGUAGCUUUAGCAUGGAGAUUUCAAUUGAUCAAGAGAAAUCCACCCAACAAGUUACAAGCAAAAAGGGUGGCGUUAGAACCAUGCCUUUUAUCAUAGCAAAUGAGACCUUCGAAAAGGUUGCAAGUGUAGGUCUGCAUAUAAAUAUGGUAUUGUACUUACUGUAUGAGUAUCAUUUUGAUCCUGCAACCGGAGCUAUCAUUAUAUUCCUGUGGAAUGCCAUGUCCAAUUUCAUGCCUAUCUUUGGCGCUUUUCUUUCUGAUUCUCUCCUUGGAAGAUUUCGUGUUAUUGCAGGAGGAACUCUCAUGGAGCUUCUUGGCCUAGUUGUGUUGUGGCUUACUGCAAUCAUACGGCGUGCAAGGCCUCCGGAGUGUCACGCGCAAGCAUGUCCAACUCCGACGCCACCUCAACUGCUGCUUCUUAUCUCUUCCCUUGCUUUAACAGCUUUAGGAGCUGGUGGCAUUAGGCCAUGCUCCAUAGCCUUUGGUGCUGAUCAAAUCAACCACCCUGAGAACCCUCAAAAUGAGAGGAAUAUGAAGAGCUUCUUCAAUUGGUACUAUGUUUCGGUUGGAAUAUCAGUGAUGGUGGCAGUGAUAUUCAUUGUGUACAUUCAAGCCAAAUAUGGAUGGAUUGUAGGUUUUGGGAUUCCUGUAGGGCUAAUGAUAGUUUCAGCAACAGUGUUCUUCUUGGGUUCUCUCUUGUAUGUCAAAGUGAAACCAAAUAAGAGUUUAUUCACAGGAUUUGCACAAGUGAUUGCCGCAGCUUGGAAAAACAGACACUUGGCCUUGCCUCCUAAUAAUUCUGAAACCAGUUGGUAUUUCAAAAAUGGAUCAAAUCUCGUUGAACCAACCAAUAAAGCAAGGUACCUGAACAAGGCUUGCAUGAUCAAGAACAGAGAGAGAGAGUUGGACUCUGAUGGAAUUCCGGUUGAUCCAUGGAAUCUAUGCACAGUGAGACAAGUGGAAGAGUUGAAAGCAAUUAUCAAAGUGCUUCCCAUGUGGUCCACCGGAAUCAUCGUUGCCACCAUCACCUCCCAGCACAGUUUCUCCGUGGUCCAAGCAGGCAGCAUGGACCGCCACCUCUUUGGAUUAGAGCUUCCACCAACUAGCUUCAGUGUCUUCUUGAUCCUCUCUUUAACCAUAUGGGUUGCCAUCUACGACCGCCUCCUAAUUCCCUUGCUGAAAUCAAGAGCACUGACAUUGAAGCAUAGAAUGGGAGCAGGGUUAGUACUCUCAUGUUUGGCCAUGGUAGUUGCAGCAUUGGUAGAGAGGAAGAGAAGGAACGAAGCCAUAAAAGAAGGGUUCAUAGACAACCCAAAAGGUGUGGUUCACAUGUCUGCAAUGUGGCUUGUUCCGCAAUAUUGCUUAACUGGUUUAGCUGAGGCUCUUAAUGCGAUUGGACAGAUAGAAUUCUAUUACUCUCAGUUCCCUAAAACAAUGUCAAGCAUUGCUGUUGCACUCUUCUACCUUGGAUUAGGGAUGGGGAACCUUGUAGCCAGCAUCAUUGUUAAGGUUGUGAAUGUUGGAACAAGGAGAUCAAAUGGAGUGAGUUGGUUAUCGACCAAUCUUAACAGAGGACACUAUGAUUAUUACUAUGCGCUGCUCUCUAUUCUAAGUUUUAUUAAUGUCUUGUACUUUCUUUUAUGUAGUUGGAUUUAUGGGAAUACUCAAGAUAUUAAUAAUUGGGAUGAUGAACAAGAGGCUGAUCAUGACAUACACAAAAUUUGAGGAUUCAAAUUGAACUACUUA